CGAUAAUGACAUUACAACAGUGCCAGUAUAAAACUGGUGAGGUACUAGGUUCAGGCAGCUAUAGCUCUGUCAAGUUAGCAGUACACAUCAAAACAGGCGAGAAGUACGCCGUUAAAGUGAUUAAUAAGAAAAUGAUGGAGGGACGCGAGGAUCUCAUACGUAACGAGAUUGCAGUACUCAAACGAGCUUCAACUGGACAUCAUAACAUCGUACGAUUGAUUGAUUACUUUGAAACGAUGAACAAUCUCUAUCUUGUUAUGGAUCUUUGUACAGGAGGUGAACUAUUCGAUGAAAUAUGUCAGCGUGGACACUUCUUCGAAAAGGAUGCGAAAGAUAUCAUAGCUGUGAUCGCAGAUUCAGUCAGUUACCUACACAGCACCGGUAUCGUACACCGAGACCUCAAACCAGAGAAUUUACUCUUUAGGAAUGAUAAAGCAACGCCCAAUGAUUUGUGCGUAGCUGAUUUCGGUUUAUCAAAGAUAAUAGAAUCAGGUAAAUUCACACAACUAUAUCAAAUAUGCGGUACUGUGGGGUAUAUGGCACCAGAAGUCUUUAUGAGAGUUGGUCAUGGAUUCCCUGUUGAUAUUUGGGCUAUUGGUGUUAUCACAUUCUUCCUACUUUCCGGUACAACACCAUUCGAUCGCGGAAAUCAAAAGGAGGAAAUAAAUGCAAUACUCGACGGUAAUUACAAGUUUGAGCCUGCCGAAUAUUGGAAUGCGGUUUCAGAGACCGCCAAGGAUUUCAUCAAAGGAUGUAUGAACACAGAUCCAGCGAAGAGGUUGACUGCGAAACAAGUUUUAGAACAUCCAUGGUUGAAGGGACUUGGUGAAAAGGAUGAAGAUCUGCUGCCGAAUGUUAGAAGAGCGUUUGACGCCAAGAGAAGCUUUAGAGCUGCAGUUCGCUCAGUGCAAUGGAUCAACAGAUUACGCAGCUUGGAUAGUUCAGAAGAGGAGAAAGAAGAAUAUCGCCAACAGGUAUUUGCGUUACAGCAGGAAGCUGAGAAAGAAGUACUCGGUCCAGAGAGCGAAGUCACUAUGCACGCGAUACCCCCAAACUAGAAUAAUAUAUUGAUUUGUAUCGAAAAUAGAUAAUAACAUUCCUAU